AGAAAAAUUGAAUUUAAUUAAUUCAAUUUAUACAAGUUUGGAACAAUUCGAAAAUGACAAAAAUAAAACCAUUCAUUUUGAACAACAAAGGGCGAUUAAUCAAGUCCAACAAAGUGUUUUUCAACAAGCAUUACAAGGAGCUCUGGGAACUCUUAAUAGUUGCUUAAACAACGAGUUACAUUUACGUACGAUCGGUGCUACUAUUGGUAUGUUUGGGUCGAUGAAAGCAAAAAAUAACUGAUUAGUUGUUCUACUAUAGAACUGAUUAGUUGUUCUACUAUAAUAGAGAGUAUAGGGAAGACUUAUUUUUGUUUUUCUUCGAAAAAGAAUCAAAUUUAGAAAUAUUCAUGGUAACCAGUCGUGCAGAUGAAAUUAGUCAAAUUAUCCGUAAACGUAUUGAGCAAUAUAAUACCGAAGUAAAAAUUGUAAAUACAGGUACCGUACUUCAAGUAGGCGAUGGCAUUGCUCGUAUUUAUGGUCUUGAUGACGUAAUGGCAGGUGAAUUAGUAGAAUUUAAAGAGGGUACCGUAGGCAUUGCUUUGAAUUUGGAAUCAAAAAAUGUUGGUGUUGUAUUAAUGGGUGAUGGUUUGAUGAUACAAGAGGGAAGUUCCGUAAAAGCAACAGGAAGAAUUGCUCAGAUACCAGUAAGUGAGGGUUAUUUGGGUCGUGUUGUAAAUGCCCUAGCUAAACCUAUUGACGGUCGAGGAGAAAUUUCAACUUCGGAAUCUCGGUUAAUUGAAUCUCCCGCUCCCGGUAUUAUUUCCAGACGUUCCGUGUAUGAGCCUCUUCAAACAGGACUUAUUGUUAUUGAUUCUAUGAUCCCUAUAGGGCGUGGCCAGCGAGAAUUGAUUAUUGAAUUUUGA